AUGGGGCCAUCAAAUUGGUUCCAACGCCUGGCGUCGAUGGCCAUCAGCAGCGUCAUUCUGAUGAACGCCAACUCCUCUCUCGCCGCCCCUGUCGCAAAAUACGACCCCUUGAUGAUCGAUACGUUUCAUAACCCUACAACUAACGACCUUGGAUUCUGGCAUGGCGUUGAUGAAGGGAUGCCUGCUGAAUAUGGCGACGAUUUCCUACGCCUUUCCCCCACAAACGCCGAUAUGAACUUCUAUACCCAGGUUGCCACCAGCUGUCACGACAUGACCGCCUAUAAAAACUCUUAUCUUCAUGUCGUCUUCAAGGGGUCAGAUAAGUUCACUAUUAGUUUCACGCAGCAUAAUGCAGAGUGUGAUCAGAACAAGGCACCGUACCCCGAGACGUGGGAUUCGAUCGAGGCCUCACGAUAUUCUAGUGGAGAGAAUAUCUAUGUUCCCCUCUCUCAUUUCCACAUUAACUUUAUGAGACCCAACUCCAUUGGUUUUCAUGGCUUCUAUGCGGGAGGAGAUGUAACCUUGUUCAAGGUUGAGAUUGUUUCAUCACUUCCGGACGGUAUGAAGCUGCCCGAGAAGCUUCCUACUGGCACUCUGGCAUUAAGGUGCAAGAGACCGAAUUCAUUUGCCUUUGGUAUUGAUGAUGGACAGCCGCAAUAUGCUCAGGAGGUCAUGAAGAUAAUAGCCGAAGAAGGUAUUCUAGUUACCUUCUUCACCGUCGGUAACGGGCUGUUGGAUGAGGCUGCAAACUUUACAAACGUAUACAAGGAGAUGUUGGGUCGUGGACAUCAGGUUGCUCUUCAUACAUUCUCCCAUCCCAUGAUGGAAGGCCUGCCAACUACAGAGAAGAUCGAUGAAGAAUUUUCAAAGAACAUGGAGGUCUUCAAGGAAAAAUUAGGCAUUGAGAGUCGCUAUUUCCGUCCUCCCUUCGGCAAUGUGGGCGCUCGAACUCGCCAAAGGCUUGCUGCCUUGGUUUCUGACCCAUACAUCAUCAACUGGAGUGUGGAUAUUGAAGAUUGGUUAUGGGCUGGCUCUCCAACCCCUGAGAAGCAACUGGAGGCCUUCAAGCGAGACUUCGAAAAGGGUGGUGAUAUUGCUGUCAUGCACUACCUUAACCCUACCACUAUCUCCUAUUUCAGAGAUGUGUUCCAACUAGUCAAAAAGUCUGGGAAGCGCAUUAUGCGUGUUGAUCAGUGCAUGGAAGAUCCAUCUGCGCCACCAUUGAAGUAA